AUGGAUUGCAAAUUAUUGUACGAGAUAAUAGUUAUGAUUGUAUUACACAUAAUAUUCUAUAAAGUAUCCAUUUACUAUCUUCUGAGGUAUUUAGACAUUUUAAAUCAUUCAAAUAAAUUUAAUAAAAACAUUUUUUUUAUAACCUUUUUAGUGUGUAUGUCUAUAUUUUCACUUUUUAUAUUUGAGUUAUCAAAUGUCGUUUCUAAUAUUAUAAUUAUAUAUAUUUGGCAUAUUGAUAUAUGUAUUUUAGUAUUUUUGUUAUAUUUAAUAAUACCAGUAGAAUUUAUUAACACAAUAUUUGACUCAAAUAAUUAUAAAGAAAUAUUAUCUCCGGAAUUUAACUCUCAUUCACAUAUCAAAUUACUGAAAAAAUAUUAUGCAAAAAUUAGUGCUAUGAGCAAGCACAACAAAAUAAACAAAAAAACAAAAAAACAUUUUUUUUUUUUUAGAAGUAUAAUAUUUCUAUCCUUUCUUUGGUUAGGUUUGGGCCAAUUGAAAAAUGUCAUAUAUAAAAAAAACUAUAAUUAUGUUAUUGCAGAUGAUAAUACUAUAAAUAUUACAGAAUAUUUAUUAUAUAAAAGUAAUGAUAAAAAAAAUCAAAGCAGAAUUCUCAAUAGAAAUGUCUAUUAUUUAUUUGAAAACAAAUAUAAAUGUAUUAAUUAUUUGAGAGAGUUUAAUGGGAAAUAUAAAAAGAAAAAAGAAAAAAGAAUAAAAAUAUAUUUUAAUCAAGUCUAUAAUAUUAUAAAUAUUUUUUUUUUUGUCGUAAUUAAUUCUUUUAUGAUUUUUCACAAAUCUGUAGUUAGAGAGUUGCUAAUAAAUAUUUGUGCUUUAGGGGUAACAAUCAAUUCAAUAGUUGCUGGAAUAUCCUCCAUAUAUUUUAUAUAUGAUUAUAUGAUAACAUUUAUUUAUUUUUUAAGUUUACCAAAAAUUCAAAUACAAAUAUACAAUAUUGAAGAACGAAUUUUAAUUAAUUUAGCAAACUAUAUGUUUAAAAAAGAAGAAAUGGAAAAGAUUCAAAGCAAUAUAAAAAUUGACUCAAAAUUUUUUUUAUAUGACUUAAAAGGUUUCCAUAAAAAUAAUAAUAAUACAGAAGAAGAUAAAAAUAUAAAGAAAGAAACUCUAAAUAACUAUAUUAGAAAAGAAAAAAAAUCUUCCUUAAAGAAAGCAUCAUUUCUUAUAAAUAUUACAAAUAAAUUCAAUAAUAUAUGCCGAUUAAAAAAUAACAGUUUUUUAAAGAAUGAAAGUAGUCAAAUAAAAAGUGAUACUAUCAGAUAUCAAGAAAAAAGUAGAAAGUUUAGUGCACGUAAAAAAAGUAGUCGAGUAAAUUUUAAUUUAUUAGACGAAUACAAAGACAAACAAAAAAACGGAAAUUUUAGUGAUCACGAGUCAACUGUAAUUAAUCAUUUUUAUAAAAAUAUGAACAAAAGUAAUGUUAUUAAGUUAAAAAGAUCUGGUAGUUGUCCUCCUUUUAUAACAGAAAACAAUGUUGAAAAUUUAGGUGAAAGUUAUAUAGAUAACCAAAAAAGUUUGCUAACAAAAUUUAAUUCUUUGAAUAUGGCAACAAACUAUAAAUAUAAUUCAUUAAUAACAGAAAAAAUGAAUAUAAUGAAGAAAGAAGAAAAAAAAGAUACAUAUAAUACAGGAGAUACAAUAUCUAAAAAUUUAUUUUUAAAAAAUAUAAGUCCUCCAUUAAAUAAAUUGGAUAUAAUAAAAUAUAAUGAAAAUAGUGAAAAUAAGACUAAUCAAUAUAUAAAUGAAACAUACAUAAAUUCGAAGGAAAAAAAAAAUAUCGAAGAAAAGGAAAAAACAAAUCUUAUCAAAGAAAAAGAAAAAACAAAGCAAGAAUAUAUAAAUGAAGAUGAUAUUCUAUACAAAACAAAUAAUCAAGCGACAACAAUAGAGAAUAUAGAAAAUUAUAAUAAGCUUAAAAAAGAAAUUGAGAAUAUUGUCUAUACAAAUACAAGCAUGUAUUAUUCAUUAAAUUCGAUUUUGAGUAGAAAAUUUGAAAUUCAAAAAAAUAAAAAUUGCCUCUUAGGGAGAGUUAAUGUAUUUUUAAAUUCAAUUAUGUUUUUAAGUGUUGUUUAUAAAAUAAUUAUGUCAACAUUAAAUGUUAUAUUUAUAAGAAUUUAUAUAAGAGAUCCAUUCUCAAAAAUUAUCGAAAAGAUAUGUUUAUUUUUUAAUGUAAAAUAUAAUAUUGCAAUAAUAUAUGCACCAUAUAUAUCAUUAAUAUAUGUAUCUUAUAUUGUAGCAAUAAAUAUGAAAAAGUUUCUACAGCAAAUAAUUCAAAUAUCUACUUACUUUUCAUUUUAUUUUAAGUUAUUUUCUAAUAUAUGGAUAUUACUCAUUUCUGAACUGAUGGGAUUUUAUUUUGUUACAAAUUCUUUACUCUUAACAUCUUAUCUGCCAGUUAAUUAUAAUCACAUCAUGAAUUUUGUUAUAGGAAACAAUUACGAUUAUAAAAUAUUUCAUUUGCACUCUGAUUAUGUUUUUAUUACUUCUUUUUCUUUUACAUUAAUGUUUUGUAUUUUAUACAUGAUUUAUUUCUAUUUUUUUUAA